AUUAAGUCGAAUUAUCAGAAGACGUUCUGUCAACUCUACUGAGCUCGAUUCCUGCCACACGAAGAUAAUAUGUCUGAAGCUAAUUGGUUUUGGCAUGCGAUAUAUGCCUUUUUUUCCCUUAACAAGUUCAAAGCGGGGCUUUCUUGGGGAAGUGUGAAAAAAAAAAAAAUGGAGAACCUUGAAGAACAAAGGGCGUGCCUUGAGUCACCACUGGUUUCUCAAGGUAAUCAAUUUGAAUCUCAAGAGGGAUUUAGCAAGGAUGAGAUCCUCGCUGAGGUGAAGAAGCAGCUGUUGUUAUCGGGGCCUCUUGUGUUAGUUAAUUUCUUGAUAUUUGCUUUGCAGGCUAUCUCAGUAAUGUUUGUGGGUCAUCUUGGGAAUCUUGCACUUUCUGGUGCUUCCAUGGCAACUUCCUUUGCUUCAGUAACUGGCUUUAGCUUGUUGAGGGGAAUGGCAAGUGCAUUAGAUACAUUCUGUGGUCAGUCCUAUGGAGCAAAACAGGAUCACAAGCUUGGUAUUCACUUACAAAGGGCCUUGAUUGUGCUGUUAUUGGUUAGCAUUCCUCUUGCGUUUAUCUGGGCCAAUGCUGGUGACAUUCUUUUGUUCUUCGGACAAGAUUCCGAAAUAUCAGCCGAAGCUGGACAGUACGCCCGUUUCAUGCUGCCUAGCAUUUUUGGUUUCGCUAUCCAGGAAUGCCAUAUCAGAUUCUUACAAACCCAAAACAAUGUAGUUCCAAUGAUGGUUAUCUCCGGAUUUACAACAUUACUUCAUAUCCUUAAUUGUUGGAUUCUGGUGUUCGAGUCUGGUUUCGGAAAUAAAGGCGCUGCUUUGGCAAACACCUUCUCUUACUGGAUUAAUGCUUUACUUCUAGUACUUUAUGUCAGAAUCUCUCCCUCAUGUAAGAAGACUUGGACAGGCUACUCGAAGGAAGCCUUCUAUGGUAUUCCCGAGUUCUUAAGACUAUCAAUUCCUUCAGCUAUAAUGCACAGUUUGGAAGUCUGGUCGUUUGAGAUGAUGGUUCUGUUAUCUGGCCUUCUUCCCAAUCCAAAGCUUGAAACAUCAGUUCUGGCAAUCAGCCUUAAUACAUGCGCAACGAUUUAUAUGAUACCUCUAGGGCUUAGUGCUGCAGUGAGCACAAGAGCUUCCAAUGAACUUGGAGCUGGACGACCGCGAGCUGCUUAUCUAGCAGUCUGUGUUGCAGUGUUCAUGGUAGCCACUGAAGGAAUUCUGGCAGCCACUAUCAUGAUCUUGGGUCGAAAAUUUUGGGGCUACAGCUACAGCAAAGAUGUCCAAGUAGUGAAAUAUGUGGGAGAAAUGUUGCUGUUGAUUGCUGCCUCCCAUUUUUUUGAUGGCAUUCAAUCUGUGCUAACAGGGGCUGCUAGGGGAUCUGGUUGGCAGAAAACAGGGGCCUGGAUUAAUCUGGGAGCAGAUUAUCUUACGGGUAUCCCUUGUUCAAUUAUACUAGCUUUUGUCAGCCAUCUCGGAGGGAAGGGACUCUGGACAGGACUUAUGGUGGCACUUUUUGUUCAAACAUCAUCUUUAGCCAUAGUAACUCUAAGCACCAACUGGGAGCAAGAAGUAAAGCUCUUUUGCCAGUUAAAACCAUGCAUAUAUUUGUAUGUAUGUAUAUAUUAUUCCCUCUUAAGCUCCAACUCAAAUUCUAUUUUCUCUAUGUGCUGGCAAAGAAAGCUACUGACAGAGUUUAUAGCACAACAAAUUCUACGGAUGCAAUAAUAUCGUAAAGAUGACAUCCGAGUUCCAAGUAAUGUAUUACAACGAUGUCGUUUCAAAUUUCCAAGGCCUCCGUUUGAGGCACCCAGGAAAUUUGUGUACAAUAAAACUGCCUUACUAUUGGACUCUUUUAUUCUCUGUAUGAUCAAAACGGUGAAGAGAACAGGUUCUCUUCCAUACCUGAUUAUACGUGGUCAAGUUUUUGAAGUUCUUUAAGUGCAUUUAGAGCCAGCAUUAAAUGCUUAUUCUUUGAAGUGCACUUAGAACCAGAAUAAGAUGCUUUUUUUUAAGUCCAUUUAGAACCAGAAUAACAAUGCUUUCAGCUGUCAACAUGACAAAUUUGACUCGUUGCACCGUCUCAGUUUUACAGUAACUGCUUUGGUAAAAGACUCCAAAAUACUUUGUUUCUGUUCUCGAGAUGUAUAU